AUGACGACGAGCUUCUCAAGGCAGUGCAAGCCUCUUAAUGUCACAUGGACUCCUGAAAGCGAUGGAUAUCCCUACACGGUCAGCAUCGUGGCCACAGGAUUUGGAGGUGAGUCCUUUCGAUCCAGACCCCGCUUCUGCACGAUGGAGUGAAAUUUUCUGUAGGGCACAGGGCCAAGCAUGCGAUCCCACCUGCUCUCGUCUCUGGCCUUUGCCAUCCUCUUGUGACUUCCCGCUAGGCGCAUUGAGGCUGACGGCGGCUAAUAUGCUUCUCGUCAGCUCGAUGGCGGUCUGGCAUCUGGGCUCAGGCCGUUGUUCACGACCGAGCCUGUGAGACUCGAAUGGAACAUUAUAGCCACGAAAUUGUGCUCCGUCGUCCUACGUCAUGAUGCGUUGACUGGCUCUGAUCGAUGCUCCUCCCUCUCGUAGCUCAAACAUUCAGUGUCGACUCAGAUUACCAGCCUGGUGCAUCACAAUUGACGUUUCAGUACGUUGUGCCUGUGAGUCAGCCAAUGGAAUGGUGGGCAAGCUUGUGCAAAGGCGAUUGCUGACGCGCGGACUGAUACACCCCUGUUCAGCCCCCCACUGGACUGUUCAAUUCGUAUAUCGUAGCGUUGACCGACAGCAAGGGGCAAGGAACGACGUGUACGUAUGACCCACAGAUUGUGCAGCUCACAAGUCGGUUGUUGACUCGAUCUCUUGUCUUUCUUCAUCAGCACAAGUCAUGUCUAUCGACACGCGCAACACCACUUCAGAUUGCCCAGCCUACACCUCCUCAAAUUCUUUCACUUGGGCUGGUGACAACACCAGCGGAGGCUCUCCAGCAUUGAGGUACCAGUGCGGCAAUGUCAGGGUGCGUCUCCAAAUGUCACCGUGUGACUUGAACAAUGCGCUUACUCUUCUUGUGGUCGUAGUUCUAUCCUGUCGAUCAGCGAGGCACGAGUCCUUUCUCCAUCACCAUGUUUCCCUUGGGCGGGCUGCCGGUCACAAUUAACGUCCCAGCUUCUCAGACCAUGAACACAUCAUUCUUCAUCGCGCCGAACGUCACCGUGCCCUUUGAAUCUGGCACGCGAUUUGUAACGAUGCUCAGUGAUGCGCAGGGAGCUGGAAGUGGUGGGGGCUCGCCCGUAUACAACGUGCUCCCUUCAUCCGACACGAGUUGUCUGCAACGACGCCAGCCAAACCAACUUUCUGGGCGCGCAGUUCCAAAUGGCGCCAUUCCUGCUUCGUUCCAAAAUCUUGCCGGCGCCCUGACCGCAGAUGAGGCAAAUGCAGGGUCGGGGAAUGACGGAAAUGGAGGUGGUGGGGGUGGCGGCACAAACGGUGAGUGCUCUCCCGUACAGCGCAAGAUGCGUUUGCUAAAUCAGGAAUGUGAUUCUCCCAGUGGGCGGCCUUGUUGGAGGUGUGAUCGGCGCUGUCAUUGCGGUUGCCAUCGUCGUAGCUGCGCUUGUCGCCUUUUUCCUGUACAGACGACGCCAGAAGGCAAAGAGGGAGGAAGCGCGCAAGGAGCAACCCCAAUUCGUGGACCUGGACGGAGACGAGGAUGGACAGCUCUCGCCAGCUGCUCUGGCUGCGAGACGUGGCAGGCACGAUGCUGGAGUCAGCCAAAGCUAGUGAGUGGCACAUCUCCAUUCUUCUGAUCGCACCUCGCCUGACACAUCCAGUACUCUUUUCAAACAGCGCCGUCUCGCCCUUCACAUACCAAUCGACGGCCCAGCAUUCUCCUGGUCUAGGCGGAGAACAUGACUUGUACCGCGAUGAGCCACUCUCUGCUCCGGGCAGGCCACAGAGCGUCGCCUCGAACGCCCUGCGGGGACAUUCCGGUGCCGGGCUGAGAUACCCUCCCAGCAGUCCUGGUCCACUCUCUUCAAGUGGAUACACCGAUGCAGGCAGGACAGGUGGCAUCAGCAGUACCGUGGGCGGAUCCGAGUACGGUGGAGACUUUGCAAGCGCAACCAGCCAUGGACCAGGCAGCGUCGCCGCUGGCGAUUCUUACAGAUUGUCCGCAAGAAAUCUUGCCGAGCCAGGCACGGGCGACGUUCCCCCCUUGCCUCGUAAAGGAGCGUUACCCGAAGACACCAACGCGCCUAGCUCUUCUAGAUUCGUGCAACACCAGGAUGCUGGUCCUGCACCUGUGCCAGACUCUGACGAAGAGGACGCGAUGGAGGAAUUGCCGCCUUCAUACGGAGGUUGGGCCAAUCGACCAGCUCCAGCCAACCAAGCACCACCAAGCUAG